GGUACGUACCGUAUUUGCCGAGUAACACCUAAUCCACCGAUGGGAGUACGGUACGAGUUAUUAUUGUGAUCAAAUGAGAAGUCAUGAUCUUCCAGCAUUGUGUCGACACCGAUGUCGGUAACGAUACAUUGAAAUCAAUGGUAAAAUCAUUUUCUAUCUUUACAUUCUUUAUGUACAUCAAAAUAGUCAAUGUAAGGGCAUCGCUGCCUUCACUUCAUUCAUUUCAAUCCYAAAGAUAAUCGCGUCCUGUUUGUUUGACACCACCGUGUUUCGGCGAUGACGAUCACGACAAAUUAAUAUGACGUGAACAGGAAAGCCACUUCAAAAGCAUACACGAAUUUGCUCAAUGGUGUGACAUUUCUUAAAGCUCGUCGCUUCCAGCGGUCUUAGCCUUGAUCUUCUGGACGGACUUCAUGAGUCCAAGACCAUCGGCCUUGACGGCGGCUKCGACGGCAUCKUUUUGGGCGACAAGUAUUUGGUAUUGGUUUUGGAGCUUCUCGAUUUCAGACUUCAUCUUGGCUUCGGCAACUUCGAUCUUGUUUUCCUCAACGGCGAUCUUUGCCUGAAGGUCAGCAUCACUCAUGUCGAAGAAUUCUUUGAUCUCGGCUUUCUUCUUGUCGUCACACAAGUCAAGGUUGUUAGGGCCGCACAUGGGCUUGAGUUCCGUCUCAGCGAAGGUUUUCAAGGCGUCAUAACUGCGCUGUCCUUGGUAGUCCUGCAAGUCGGAUGCAUCUCCGUACAUGAKGGUUGGGAAUCCCUUGACACCGUGAGCGUCGCAAAGAGGCUUUCCCUUGUCAGAGGUACAGUCGAUGUCGGCGAUGAGCUUCGUCUCGUCAUCCUUGAAUUCUUCCAUGAGCUUAUCCCAGUCAGGCUUCAUUGCCUUACAGUGACCACACCAAGGGGCGAAGUGCUUGAUGAAGACAAUCUUUCCGUCGGUGAGGGAGUCAUAGUUCUAUGAAUUGGUGGGAAAGCGAAGAAGAUUGAAAAAACAUAAUUMGAAAAUGAGUUCAAAACUGUCGCCGUCGGCUGUUUGYCACCAGGACCAAUCAGUAGGAAAAAUUACGCUGUUAAAUACUUACAUCUUCAGUGAGGUCAACGGCUGAGGCAGAGUAUGCCAUCAAAGAGACAAGGGCGGCGACAGAGAACUUCAUGGUUGUAUAUUUUCUUUUGUUGUUUUGAGAUGAGAAAGAUUUUGAAUUAUGCCAAUGACYCGAUUAUCAGAUUU